CAGCAUGGCAGAAGAAAACAAUACAGUGGAGGGGCUGCCCGCUAAAGAUUUAUUAAAAAGAUUUCAUUGUCUGCAAGGAGAAAGAGUGGAGACGUACAGUUUAUUUGAAGAGGGAUUCCAGGCAUACUUGAAUGGAGCUCCAAACUAUAAUUUCCCAAUGUACAGACAACUUGUUCAUGAAAUAACCCAAACAUUCUCCAAAAUAUCUCAAGAUAUCAUAUUAAUUGUUAAGCAGUUAGAGGAUAUCCACAAUCUGACCAGUAUAGCUUCCAUUGUCUCUGGAAUUCAAAAUAACGAAAAGGAGAAACUUGAAAAGACUGUUAAGUUACAACUAGCAAGACAAAAUGCUACAGACCAUCCCAAUGAUUCUAGUUUCAAAGAAGAAGAAGCAGAUUUGAAAGAAAGUAUUCAAGAUGUUAUACGGGACAUCAACGAAAGGAUGGAGGAGCUGAAGUUUGAAUCGGAAGAUCUCUAUGCUGAUGAUUUGGAGGAGGAUAAAGAUGAAGAUGCAGCAGAUAGAUGACAUUUUGGGAGAAUGAGGAAGAUUUAACUGAGCAUCAUCAAAUUAUGUGGUCUAGUUAUAUUGUACAGUUUAAUUAUUCCCUUCAGUUUACCAAUAAACAAGAAAUUCUGGUGUGUGAAAAUAUUGAAGAAAUACUAAUUCAUGCAAAAGUUAUCAAUAUAACCAGUUCAAGAGGGCAAAUAUAUAACAGAUGUGGCAUAAGUAUAGUUUGAUGUGCAAAUGCUGUUUUGAUAUACCCUAUCAGAAGUUAAUAAUUUGAAUUGAUAUGUGAUUUUAAAUUGUUAUUAAAAAAAUUGUAUGUUUGUUAUUUAAUGUAUGUUUGGUUUACAUCUAUGUUAUUUUGUUUUUAAAGUAUUAAAAUAUAUUAUGUUA